CAGGCAGUUGUAAACGUAUGGAUUGCUUAAUUAUCAACAAUACAAUAAAAAUUCGCAAAUUUUUUAUUUUAAAAUAAUUAUUCUCUUUAUUUUUUUGUUCCAUUGUUGUCUACAUUCCUGAAAAUAUCAUAAUGUGUUUGGAUUCAUUUCAGUAUUCAAAAGCUUGUAAUUUUAAUUUAUCUGUAAUAGGAAGAUGGUAAACUUUGAAACAUGGAACAUUUAACUAGUUUUAAUUUUACUUUUUUCGUGUUUCAAUGCAAGUUUGCGAAGUGACUGAUAGCUAAUUUAAUUUUAUAAAACAUUGUAAAAAUUUCAACUUGACUUCGACUGAUAAAUUAAGCUGUUCAUUAUGGAGGCUGUUGUAAACAUUGAAUUUUACACCCAAGAAAAGCCUAUGGUGUUUCAGGGUGAAGAUUGUUAUGUAGUUGAAGAUCUGAUUAUUGAAUCCUGUAAAUAUCUUGGAAUAGGACCAUUACCACGUCAUUUAUUUGGAUUAUAUAGUCCUCUAUAUAAAAUUUGGUUUCCAUUGUGUUCAGAACUACGUGAUAUUGGAAAGACUUGGGAUCUAUGUCUUCGUCUUAGAUACAGAUUGCCUUCCACAAAAAGACUUAUUGAAAAAGGUGAUGCCAGGACUUUUAAUUAUUAUUUUCAUCAAGUUCGCACAGAUUUCUUAGAAGGUAAAAUACCGGAGCUGUUCAAGUUUCGUGAAUCUGCAUUAGGACUAGUUGCCACAGACAUUAUUCGCUUAAUGCUAGAGAUGAAACUGACUCCUGACACUAUGAAAUACAACUGCCGUGACUUUUUCCCUCAAGAGCUUAAAAGAAGUCCUCUUUUGGAUAGUUUCUUGCAAGGUCCUCUUGAAAAAGCUGUUACAAAAGGAUGGCAAAACAGCAGACAAAAUUCUGAAUUUGUCAAAGAAAAAUAUCUGGAACAGAUGUUGGACUUGGUUCCCGAUUAUGGAUCUGAGGUGUAUAGUGUUAGAAUUGAUGAAGGUGGUAGAGUUCAUGAAGUUGAUGUGGUAGUUAAUCCUUUUCAUCCAAUCUUUCCAGGGUUGAGGAUAAAAAUACCUGGAAGAAAAGAUGGAUGGUCACAUGUCUGUUCCGUAGAAGAUCUCUGCUAUAUUAGUAUAAGGGAAGAAAAACGAAAAUUAAAAAAUGAGAAACGUAUUGUCAUUGACCAUUUUGUAGAGAUCAGUCGAAAAACUGGAAUACCACAUUAUUUUCAAUUUGAAACAGUCCCUCAGUUGCGUUCGUUUGUAUCUGUACUUGAUGGCUAUUAUCGUUUGAUGGAAAAGUGGACUUAUAACUUGUGUGCUGACUUACCUUCUCCAGCAUUGUUACACCUUAGAGCUAUCAAAUGUCACGGUCCUGUUGAGCCUGAUUUUGCCUACAAAAAAUUGCAAGAAAAGGGUAAAGGAGAUGCUGGUUGCUACAUAAUUCGUGAGAGUGCUAUGGAAUAUGGUGAAUAUUAUGUUGAUGUUUUAAAGAAAAGGAAUUCUGUACUCGAAGAAAACAUCCACACUUACAAAAUAAUAACCACCGAUGAUGAUCUGUUCUGCUUGCAAGGCUGGUCCAAUAGAUUUCCUUCUAUCCAUGAAUUGCUCUCAUUUCAUUCUGAAAUAAAUAAUUUAAAUUUUAAAAGAUGCAUUCCAUCUUCUGAAUAUGAUGUCUCUGACUUAUUGCUGUGCCGUAAAAAAGACAGGGAUAAUAACUUUGUUACCCGAGGAGAUUGCAAUUGCACCGCACAAUGUAUUCCUCAUGAUGCUAUUGUUUUCUCUAAAACCAUACCAAAGUUCAAUGGAAGAUUCACCAGCGUAACUCACGGCCAUCUACGUAGAACAUGUGGUGAAUCCAAAGCUGUUGCAGUCAAAAGUCUGCGUCGGGAAACAAAAGCUACUCAUUUGAUGGAAUUUUUAUCUCAAGUUGAUAAGGUUUUAUUUUGGCAACAUGAAAACAUCAUUUCCACUGUUGGUAUUAUUCUUACCAACCCCACAGCUUUAGUUAUGGAAUGGUUACCACUUGGUCCACUUGAUAGGUAUUUACUUGGGCAGGGUAAAAAGAUGCCAGAAGUUGAUCUUAUUGAAGCAGCUUAUUAUGUGGCUAAAGCAUUGUGGUAUCUUGAAGAGCAGCAAACAGUACAUGGAAAUAUAAGGUGCCACAAUAUUUUGGUAGCAAAUCAUACAGAUUCUUCUUUUAAAGUGAAAAUUACUGACCCUGGUAUAAUUUCAUACAGUGACUCUGACAUUCACUGGAUUCCCCCAGAAUGUCAUGAUGAUUAUUCAAUUGCUGCAAACUCCCUCUCAGCUGAUGUAUAUGCUUUUGGAACAACUUUAUGGGAGAUAUUUUCAUUUGGACAAAAGCCAUUAUCCAGUAAACCGCCAAAAGAGGCAAAAAAAUUUUAUAAAAUGGGCAAACGCUUACCUGUACCUGAAAAUGGCCACCCUGAUAUCAAGAAGCUUAUGACUGAAUGCUGGCUUGCUGACCAAGACAGCAGAAAACGACCUCAAUCAAUUGUGAGAGAUGUAAAUCAAGUUCUUUAUGUCGUAUAUAAUUCAAGAAGGACUUAUGAAUAUGCUACUAUCAAUGAUAACGCUGUGGUUAUGUCUGUGGAAAAGGAAGUUGAAUUACCGCCUGUACCUGAAAGGCGUCAAAUAAAAGAGCAAACUUUAAGUAAAAAGUUAAAUUCAUUUGCGAACAUAUUCAAGAAGCAAUCACCUAAUCCUGUCAAAGAAGUUGCAUAUGAUACAAUAUCUCAAAUCACUCUUCAAACAACUGUUAAUGGAUCUAGUGGUCAGUCCUCCUGUCCACUCAUUCCUAAAGCAACAAUUAUUGAUGAAGAAGAUUUUCAGAUUAUCAAUAACCUGGAUGCUCUCUAUAAUAAUAAUGAAGAUACAAAUCCAUAUGUCAAUGAAGCAAUUAAAAACCAUACUCACUGGUUGAUUGAUAGAGAUGAGCUAAAAUUUGAUGAACAUCUAGGACAAGGUUUUUAUGGAAAUGUUCAAAAGGCUCUCUUUACAAGAGGGCCCAAGUCAUCAUGGGGAGAAGUUGCCGUAAAGCAAAUACGAUACUCUGAGGGUUUCACCAUGAAAGAUUUUCAGCGUGAAAUUAAUAUUUUAAAACAACUCUGUCAUCCCAAUAUAGUAACUAUUAUUGGUCUUGUUGAAGAUCCAGAUAUUAUGCUUGUCAUGGAAUAUAUAAGAUCUGGAAACCUACUGGAUUAUGUAAAGAGACUCAAAGAUGAAGUUUCCCAUACACAAAUGCUAUGUUUUGCAGUAGGAAUUGCUGAAGGUAUGCGUUAUCUGGAGAGUAAUAAUAUUGUUCACAGAGAUCUAGCCGCACGAAAUGUUCUUGUAGCCUCAGAAGAUCAUGUAAAGAUAAGUGAUUUUGGUCUGGCUCAAAUCACUGAGAAUCACUAUUAUAAGUUGAAAACGGAUAGAAGUUUACCAUUACGUUGGUAUGCAAUUGAAAGCGUUCUUCAGGGUAAGUUCUCUCAUAAAUCUGAUGUUUGGAGUUUUGGAAUCACACUUUGGGAGAUGUUCACACAUGGAUCUAACGCCCAAAUUAAAGACGAAGAAGGCAAAGGUAUUGAUGAUAAAGAUUUGGGACAAUAUUUGGCAGAAGGCAAGCGGCUUGAAUAUCCCAAGAAUUGUCCUGCCCAGGUUUAUACCCUGAUGAAACACUGUUGGAUGGCAGACUCCCACGCUCGUCCAUCUUUCUCUGAUAUUCUCGUUACACUCGAAACGUUGAAGAGAGAACUAUUCUGGAAUGAUUUUGAUGAGAACGGUGCUUAUAAUCCAAUCAAAUAGAUAUUUUAUUGCAUAUAUAUUCAUACAUAUUUCUCAGAUAAAAUGUGAUGCACAGCAGGGCUCGGAAAUUAUAUUGCUCAAGGCAUGUAAGUUUAAAAUCAGAAAUGCUGCAAAAUGCUAAUUGAGCACAGAUGCGUAGAAAAUUUACAGAGGUUAAUAUUUCCCCAGAAUGCAGUUUUUCUCUCAAAAUUAUAGCAUUUUUUUUUUAGUCACUAUAACUUUUAAAAAAUAUUUUUCAAAAU